CCUGAGGCGAACAAAUCACGCACGUUUGUAUUUAUGCUGGAAAUCUAGUGGAGAACGGAGAGUUCUCAAAAUCUGUAAUUUGUGAAUACACGUCAACGACCACAAGUUCAACACUUGCCUAAAUCAUCAAAGAUGUUUCUCACAAGAUCAGAAUAUGACAGAGGGGUCAACACUUUUUCACCAGAAGGGAGACUUUUCCAAGUAGAAUAUGCAAUAGAGGCCAUCAAGUUGGGGUCCACGGCUAUUGGAAUACAAACCAGUGAAGGUGUUGUACUGGCUGUGGAAAAGAGAGUUACUUCUCCAUUAAUAGAGCCAUCCAGCAUUGAAAAGAUCAUGGAAGUGGACAGCCAUAUUGGUUGUGCCAUGAGCGGUUUGAUUGCAGACUCCAGGACAAUGAUUGACAGGGCACGUGUAGAAGCACAGAAUCACUGGUUUACCUACAAUGAGAAGAUGAGUGUAGAAAGUGUCACACAGUCAGUCAGUAACCUGGCUUUGGCAUUUGGUGAUGAUGAUGCAGAUCCAGGCGCUAUGAGUCGACCAUUUGGAGUAGCCCUUCUCUUUGCUGGAAUAGAUAUUAAUGGUCCACAGUUAUUUCACAUGGACCCAUCUGGGACAUUUAUUCAGUACCAAGCCAAAGCCAUAGGAUCAGGUUCUGAAGGUGCUCAACAGGCCCUUCAAGAUGUCUACCACAAGUCCAUGACUCUCAAAGAAGCUUGUAAAUCUGCCCUGACUAUAUUGAAGCAGGUUAUGGAAGAAAAACUGAACUCCACGAAUGUUGAGAUGGCAACCAUAGUUCCAGGGAAAACAUUCCACGUCUUCAGCAAAGAGGAGUUGGAGGAUGUUAUCAAAGAUAUCUAGUGCUCAUCCCCUCAUCUCUUUAGUCCUGUCUUUCUUUCUUUUUUUUUUAAUUGGAAACUUAUGAUAAUGCACUGUCAACUAAAAUCAACAAAUGUAAGUGUGUAAAGUGUUAAAUAAAUGUGAAAUGUUUCCAAACAUGCUAAAACAAAAUGUUUGUGUUG